AUCGAUCCCGCGGCAGUCCGGCUUGAACCUUCACCAUGGCGGACAAGAACAAGGUAGCUGAGCAGUACUACGCUCCGCCGCCGGACCUGGGCAAGUGGGAGUCGUUCCGGACCUUCCUGUGGAAUGGCGAGACCGGACAGUUCAUGGGCCGCACCGGCUCCAGCUGGGCGAAAAUCCUAUUAUUCUACGUGAUCUUCUACGCCGUGCUGUGCGGCUUCUUCGCGGCCAUGCUGGCCGUGUUCUACCAGACGCUGGACUCCAAGGUGCCCAAGUGGCAGCUCGACGCCUCCAUCAUAGGAAACAAUCCAGGCCUCGGGUUCCGCCCCAUGCCCGACAUGGACAACAACGUGGAGAGCACGCUCAUCUACUACCGCGCCAACGACAAGGGCUCCGUGCUGCGCUGGUCCGGCGUCAUCGACCAGUUCCUGGAACAGUACCGCAAGAAGGGCAGCGGCAGCGGCGAGCAGACCGGCGCAGAGAACCGAGUGCCGUGCUCACCCACCUCCUACCAGCUGGGCGAGAAGCAGGUGUGCGACGUGCCCGUGGACGAGUUCCACCCCUGCACCUCCGCCAACCAGUACAACUAUGAAGAGGGCGGCCCCUGUGUGAUUCUGAAGCUUAACAAGAUCUUCAACUGGAGGCCAGAGCCAUUCAACAACACUGAAGACCUGCCCACGAAUAUGCCCGAGGACCUGAAACAACACAUCAAGAUGGUCUCCGGCAAGCCAGAAGCCAACACCGUGUGGGUGUCCUGCGAGGGAGAGAACCCCGCCGACGUGGAGAACAUCGGGCCCGUGCAGUACAUCCCGCGCCGGGGCUUCCCCUCCUACUACUACCCCUUCACCAACAAGGAGGGCUACCUCAGCCCCCUCGUCGCCGUGCUGUUUGAGAAGCCUAGAACGGGUGUGCUGAUCAACAUCGAGUGCAAGGCGUGGGCCAAGAACAUCCACUACGACCGGUACGAGCGGCGCGGCAACGUGCACUUCGAGCUCAUGGUGGAUCGCGCCUAAGCAGCGCCGGUCCGGGCCAGGAGUCGCCAGCCCCGGCCAGCCACCAGGGUUACUCUAUACUGACGGAAAACGAACGAACGAGAGCUGUGGUGCAUUCGGCACGUUUAACCAGAUACAAUCAAGGCUAAACCUCGUUUUUCGUCAUAUAGAGUGAUCCUUCAAGCCCUGCCGCGCAGCCGGAGCCCCGCCCUUUUAGCAAUAGCCACAUAGUCGGCGGUUUCUUUCUAUUCGUUCUAGAAUAACGCCUCAACAGGCAACACUUCGUUAAAGUUUCGUUCACGCUUCGAAUGAGAUUUAAUGUUUAAUGUUUUGUUAAUAUUAUUAAUUAAUUAAUUACUGUAAAAUGUUUUCGAGACGGAAGUCAAUAAACACGCAAUAGUUGGUUCCAA